AAGUACGUGGCCAAGAUGGCGGCCGAGGUGAUUGAAAUCUUAAAGAAAUGCGUCAACAAGAUCACAAGUUCCAGUACGAAGGAAAGGCGACACGUUUGUGAGGAACUUCUAUUGCCUUGCAUCCAGAAACAGGAUUUUUCUGAGGCUGGAGUAAAAGCAGUGAUCAAGUUGAUAUUUUUAACACAACAUCGUUACAGAGAUAACCAGUCUAGAAGAGGGGUUGAAGAAGUCCUUAGAGUGUUGGCAGAAAAGCAAAGUGUGAAUGCUGUCAAAUAUUUUUGUAUGGUGUUUUCUGAUGUUGAAAAACAUAUAACCUCAUCAGCGCCAAGUUAUGUGAACAGUGGUUCAAAUCUUGUUCUUUUGUGUUGGUCAUGUGUCCUUGCCAGACAUGUCUACAGCAAGACUGAAUUGUGUAAGGAUGCACAAUGGAUCAGACUGGUACAGGUUCAAUGUCUGGCACUGCAUGGAGUUCUGUCUGCUGGAACAGCUUGUGUUUGUGAAGCAGGAAAGAAAAAAUUAUACAGAGUCUGGAGAGAGGUUCCAGGAAUCACAUUUAAAUAUGCAGAAGCCAUCAGCAAAUUGGAGGCAUCACAGGAAAACUGUUGCUUGACUGGACUGCUAUUUAAUUUUUGCACCAAAAAUAAAGAUGUUGAAACAAUAGGUAAAUUUAAGAAAACAUUGCUGGAAAUGUACGUGAAAGCUGUGAUCAAUAGCAAGACAAGACCCUCCCAUCAUGUCCUGGUGAACAUUUCCCCUUUGCUCAGUCACGUCACCCAUGAUGACUUCAGCAGUUUAAUCUUACCAGCAUUACAGAAAUCCCUGCUGCGAAAUCCAGAGGUGGUUCUUGAAAGUGCUGCUUAUUUAAUUUCUUCAGUUUCAAUUGAUUUAUCAAAGUAUGCUUUAGACAUCUGUAAAAACACUGUUGGUCAGCUGCGUGCUAAAGAAGAGCUCCACAGACAGGAGGCUACGUUAAUCUUAAAGAAUCUUGCACAUCAGUGCAGUGAUCCAGGAGCAAUGGAGGAACUUAUCAACUACUUAUUUGCUGUCCUUAAUGGUUCAGAAGGCAAACUUACUCAGUGGAAUGACAGAGUUGGUGUUCUUCAAGGGAUAAAGAGUCUGGAGCACCAUUCAGUUAGUGGAAAUGCAUCUGUGCAAGCAUUAAGCCAACUUGUCUCUGAAAAACUUGUGAAAUAUUUACAACAAGAAGUGCAUGAAGGAGCUGUUGUGUAUGGCCUAUCAGUUUUAAGUCACUGGUGUACCCAUUUUUCCACACAAGUACCUAAGGUGCUUGUUGAUGCCUUCAAGAAAGGAAUGACCAACAAGAACUCCACCACAGCUGUACGUACUGGGUACUUACAGUGUAUGACAGGUGCUUUUCAAGGUAAUACCCUUCUCCAAGGGAUGGAAAUUCUGCCUCAGUUACUGCAAACAAUUGAAAAAGCCAGUGGCCAACCAAACCAAGCUGCCAUUGUUACAGAAGGACUAUUAGCUGCCUCCAUACUGAUCCGAUUAUCACUUGCUGAUGUACAAGCAGAAUCUAAACUGGGUUCAUUUUGGACAACAUUCCUGGAUAUAAAGAAGCAGCUGUUUGUUUCAGACAAAUUUUUAAACUUUGCAUCUGAAGAAGCUCUUCUGUUACUGGUGUCUGUGAUUGAAAGACUCGUCCUCAGUCAUGGACAAAGAUUAAACAAAUCUAAUAGCCAACCUUGGUACAGAGCUUUGGUAUUUCUACUGACUCACUCAGCUUGGAAGGUCAGGCAGAAUGCGCAGUCCUGUGUUCAGCGGCUGUUCAAUGCUUUAGGAGAGAGUGCUUUAGAACUACAGUGUUUGUUGUUGAAAGAGCUGUCAAAGCUUAUUGCUCAACAGAAGCAUCAUGUCACAGACAAUUCUGUUCCAAUCAUGAAUGGAGAUGCACCACAGGGAGGGUCGCCCAAUGAUGCAGGAAGAACUAACAUCAGCCACAGGAUACUUGUGUCCAGUCUUUGCUGCCUGACCCUGUCUCUCGUAAAGAGUAAUCCAGACCUGUCUGAGGAAACGAAAGACAAAAUCGCUUUGCAGAUUCUCUCAGAUGCACACCAUCCAGCUAUUGUUUCAUGUGAAGGUAAGUUAUGGAUGAGGAUUGUUCACAGUCUGGGGAUUGAGACACAAGGCUUUGUUGAGCGUCACUUGGAUGCCAUAAUGGAGAUGAUAGUCUCAAGCAGCACGUCUCAACAGUGCUCACAGAAUAUGCUCCAUGCCAUGGCGGGACUUGCACCAAAAGUGAUUUUACCGAGAGUGGUGAAGCACAGUACAGUUUGUUUAGCAAAACCAGCCUUCCAGCAAGUGACUAUGGAGGAGCAUGCCAUACUGUACACACCAGAAGGAGAGAUCCACAACACCAGUGUAUUGGAAAGUGUCAGGGUAGCAGAAGCAGGAAAAAAGCAAAACAUGAAGAAAGAAUCAAAGGCUUAUUCCUAUGAGGAUCAACUCUGGGAGAAAGAUAUACGUGAGUCAAUCAAAAAGAAAAAGAAAGCCGAGGGAAAACUUUCAGAAAAGGAUGAGAUGAGCCAGAAGGAAAAAGAAAUCUUUGAAGCUCAGCUGAUGAAGGAAGCAGAAAUAAGAGACAGAUUAAAAGAGCUUCAAAGGGAAGUGGUGCAAGUAGGAUCACUACUGGAGACAGCUAUAACAGCAAACCCAAACGCCAUGCGUAUGUACACCCCCACCAUCCUCACCACCCUACUGCCACUGUUGCAGUCCCCCCUGACUGCAUCUGUUAUGAUUCCUGUUCUGGUGAAGCUUGGUAAAAGUGCAUUUAACGACGAUCAAGAACAUCUUGCUGAGCUCGUUGGAUACGUCACUCUGCGACUUUUAAAACCAAUGUGCCGUAUUGACCAAGCCUGGUGUGAAGAGGAUUUGUUAUCAGCGACCAAGCGAGUUAUCUCUGUCCUCCACUCCACAUCAGUUCCUGAUCUAAAUACUGUUGGAUCAAGUUCAUCAGACUCAUUGACCGAGCUUCUGUCAGCCCCAGCGUUUGCGUUCUGUUUUCCUUUUCUAAGAUGCGUGCUACGAGAUGGAGGCAAGAAUGUCAAGGGAAAUGAAGAUCUCAGACAGCAAGCGUUGCAGAUUGUUGCUGAACACUGUAAAUUACGAGCGAAUAACGACGAUGAUGACGAGGAAGAUGAGCAGGAUGAAAAUGACCCGGCUUUGUUACCAAGAGAAGAAAUGCUGUAUUUAUUGACUGAGAUUAUUUCCACGAGUGCGGACACCAUCAAGGGUUCGAGAUUACAGCAACUGGCAUCUCUCAGUCUGGUUGAGCUGUGCAAGGCGACAAGCGGCGAAUAUGGUUGUGCCACAGCAGCACCAGGCGAGAUCUCUGUUCUGUUAAACUCCCUGGAGUCCCCCGCAGCCUCAUUGCGAUUUGCAACCUUGCAAGGGCUUCUGGUCCUCACCUACCUUCUUUCUACAAGGGAUCAUGGGACAUCACAGACUGCUCGACUUGUAAGACGAUUGUGGGUGGCCAAGUUUGAUGUUGAUGAAGAAAAUGCUAAAUUAGCUGAGAGGUUAUGGCAGGAAGUAGGUUUCACUGCCCCAGAGCCAUUAUGUAGUGCACUUUUGGACGAUGUCGUACACGAUGUAGAAAUUAUCAGAAAAGCCGCUGCCCCAGCGCUGGCGGCGGCCAUUAACGAACACCCGGAUGUUGCCUCAGCCAUUCUUCAGCAGCUGGUGGAUCUCUAUGAUGUAAAACUCAAGGUGCCUCCUCCAGUCGUGGACAGUCUGGGACGAGUUGUGCCAGCUGACAACAUGGACCCUUGGGAUGCAAGGUGCGGAAUAGCUCUGGCUCUCGGUGAGAUAUCGCCCACGCUAUCUGAAGAGGAGGUCCCUCCAUUGUUCGUAUUUUUCGUUCCAACUGGUCUGGGAGAUCACAAUCUUGAGGUCAGGAAACACAUGUUGAAUGCUGCUCUGAAGGCAGUAAAUGAUCAUGGAAAGGCCAAUAUCGCGCUACUUCUUCCUGUAUUUGAGCAGUUCUUGGACAUGGCACCAGAUACUUCUGCGCAUGACACGAUCCGUCAAUCAGUGAUUAUUUUGAUGGGUUGCUUGGCGCGGCAUUUAGACAAAGAUGAUCCUAAGGUUAGACCAAUUGUUGGAAAACUCUUGAAUGCUCUGUCAACACCCUCACAGCAGGUUCAAGAAGCUGUAGCAAACUGUCUUCCUCCACUUGUUCCAGCAAUCAAGUCGGAAUCUCCAGAUAUGGUGAAGAACCUGUUGAACCAGCUUCUUGAUUCCACUGUGUACGGUGAGAGGAAAGGUGCAGCUUACGGACUGGCGGGACUGGUGAAGGGUUUGGGAAUUUUAUUCCUCAAACAGCUGAAUAUUAUGUCCACACUACAGGAAGCUAUACAAGACAAAAAGAAUUACCGACAUAGGGAGGGAGCGCUGUUUGCUUAUGAGAUGCUUUGUACAAUGCUGGGCCGUUUAUUUGAGCCUUAUGUUGUACAUGUUCUACCAAACCUACUGCUCUGCUUUGGGGAUGGAAACCAAUAUGUAAGAGAGGCCACCGACGACACUGCUCGUGCAGUCAUGAAGAACCUCAGCGCACAUGGUGUCAAGCUUGUUUUGCCGUCCUUGCUGGCUGCGCUUGAAGAGGAUUCGUGGAGAACAAAGACUGGUAGUGUUGAGCUCCUUGGUACUAUGGCGUUCUGUGCCCCAAAGCAGUUAUCGUCAUGUCUUCCCAGUAUUGUGCCUCGCUUGUGUGAAGUUCUCACAGAUUCUCACAUGAAAGUACAGAAGGCUGGAGCCCAGGCCCUCAGACAAAUCGGCUCAGUGAUCCGAAACCCAGAAAUUCUAGCCAUUUCGUCCGUUCUUCUCGAAGCCCUAAUGGACCCAUCUACCAAGACUGCACCAUGUUUACAAGUUCUGCUCCAGACCUCUUUCGUUCAUUUUAUUGAUGCUCCAUCCCUCGCUCUCAUCAUGCCCGUCCUGCAACGCGCGUUAAGCGAGCGUUCAACUGAAACCAAGAAAAUGGCGGCACAAAUUAUUGGAAAUAUGUGUUCUUUGACGGACAAAAAGGAUCUCGCACCAUAUUUGGGUGCAGUUGUUCCAGGAUUGAAACAGGCCUUACUUGAUCCAGUACCAGAGGUCCGUGCAGUAUCUUCCCGCGCCCUCGGUGCUUUGGUUCGCGGUAUGGGCGAAGAGUGCUUUGAGGAUCUGUUACCAUGGUUGAUGGAGACUCUGACGUCAGAGAACAGCAGUGUAGACAGAUCAGGAGCAGCUCAAGGUCUUGGUGAAGUUUUAUGUGCUAUGGGUACCAACAGACUCGAGAAACUUAUGCCGGAAGUGAUUUCAACCACAGAGCGCGUUGAUUUGGCGCCACAUGUACGCGAAGGAUACCUGAUGCUGUACAUCUAUCUUCCUUCAACUUUCAAAGAUGACUUUAUUCCAUUUGUGGGACCCGUCAUACCUUCUGUGCUGAAGGGCCUGGCAGAUGAGUCCGAAUAUGUACGAGACACAUCUCUAAAGGCUGGUCAGCGGAUUGUGAACUUGUACGCCAACACAGCCAUUGAACUGUUCUUACCAGAGCUGGAGAAAGGAUUGUUUGACGAUAAUUGGAGAAUACGACACAGUUCUGUCCAACUGCUGGGUGAUCUGUUGUACAAGAUAUCUGGUGUAACUGGUAAAAUGUCCACUGAAGGCAAAGAGGAUGAUAACUUUGGAACCAGUCAGUCCAACCAGGCCAUCAUCGAAUCCCUGGGUGCAGAGCGCCGUAAUCGUGUGUUAUCCGGGCUCUAUAUGGGCCGUUCUGACGUUUCCCUGAUGGUGCGCCAGGCGGCCUUGCACGUGUGGAAGGUUGUGGUCCCUAACACGCCUCGUAUCCUAAGAGAGAUUCUCCCCACGCUGUUUUCUCUUCUACUUGGAUGCCUAGCGAGUACCAGCUAUGACAAGAGACAAGUUGCAGCUCGCACCCUGGGAGACCUUGUUCGCAAACUUGGUGAACGAGUUCUUCCCGAGAUCAUUCCGAUCUUGGAGCGAGGUUUGGACAGCGACAAGUCAGACGAGAGACAAGGAGUUUGUAUUGGACUCAGUGAAAUUGUCUCCUCAACCAGCAAGGAACAGGUAAUACAGUAUGUAGAUUCCCUGGUACCCACGGUGCGUCGUGCUUUGAUUGACCCGCUGCCUGAAGUUCGUGUGGCUGCAGCCAAAACAUUUGAUCAGCUUCAUAACACCAUCGGAGCGAAAGCUUUGGACGACAUUCUGCCUGACUUGCUCAAGAAAAUGGAUGACCCUUCUCUGUCUGAGUACGCAUUGGAUGGGCUCCGUCAGGUCAUGGCCGUGAAGAGCAGAGUCGUACUUCCUUUCCUUGUACCCCAGCUCAUCACUCCACCUGUUAACACUCGUGCGCUGGCCAUACUGUCUGCCGUCGCAGGUGAUGCACUUACCCGCCAUCUGAAUAGGAUUCUACCGGCCAUGCUUAAAGCCAUACAGGACUGCUUUGGAACAGAGCAUGAAAAAGAAGAGCUGGAAGGCGCAUCUAGUUUAGUGUUGUCGGUUGAAGAUGACGCUGGAAUCAGGACCAUUAUGGAUGAACUCAUGGCAGCCUCUAAGGAUCCUGUCCCCGGCAUGAGAAGGGCUGCAGUAUCUCUCAUGCACACGUUCUGUCAGGAGACUAAGGCAGACUAUUCCCAGUUCAUUCCGGCCCUGUUUCGUGGAAUAAUUAACCUGAUGAACGACUCUGAUGAACUGGUUGUGGAAAUGAGCUGGAACGCUUUGAAUGCAGUAACCAAGCGUCUGGAGGCCUCUGAGCAGUUACAGUAUAUCAGCCACGUACGGCAGGCAGUCAAGUAUGUGUCAGAUGAGGUCAAGGAUGGAGAUCUGCCAGGGUUCUGUCUUCCUAAAAAGGGUAUUGCUCCCAUUCUACCGAUAUUCCGAGAGGGAAUCUUAAAUGGUACUCCAGAGUUAAAGGAGCAAGCUGCCAAGGGGCUUGGAGAAGUGAUCAGUUUGACAAGCGCCGCAGCACUACGACCAUUUGUAGUAAACAUCACUGGGCCCCUGAUUCGUAUCCUUGGAGACCGAUUUACGUGGAACGUCAAAGUGGCAGUCCUACAGACUCUGGGUCUUUUGUUAGGCAAAGUAGGCGCGAUGUUGAAACCCUUCCUUCCUCAGCUUCAGACUACGUUCAUCAAGGCCCUGAAUGAUCCUAACCGAGAGGUGCGCGUACGCGCGGCUUCCGCGCUUCAGAAACUGAUUAAACUGCACACACGAGUGGAUCCUCUGUUUACGGAACUACACAAUGGAGUAAAGAACACCGAAGACAAUACCAUAAGGGAAACACUGCUACAGGCCUUAAGGGGAGUCAUCGCUGGCGCAGGACAGAAGAUGGGUGAUCCAAUAAGGAAGACGUUAACCACAACACUGCUGGAUUUACUGGGACAUGGAGAUGACAACAUUCGUGUAGCGGCAGGUGGCUGUAUUGGAUCAUUAGCUCUUAUUGUUCCAGACACUGAACUCGAGUAUAUCAUCAAUGAUCAUCUCAUAGUGAAUGACCCCACUGUUGACUGGACAGUGCGCCACGGUCACGCUAUUGCUCUGUCAGCGGUAUUACACGAUGCUGCCGAGAGGAUGGUGUCCCUGGGCCUGUUUGAAGUCGUUACUGACAUGGCUGUGGCACAUGCUAACACAGAUAGGAUUCCCAUUUGUAGUUCCGGUGUGAGGUGUCUUGGAUUCAUUCUCGCUCACUCGGUUGUGCAGUGUAUUCCGCCAUCAACAGAGGUGCUUGAAACCCUACUCAAGGUACUACAAGAAGGCGCAAACGACGUGAAAACGAUCGCGGCAGCGUCUCUGCAACACGUCGCACGUAGAAGCCCAGCGUCUUUGGAUAACGCUCUUCUAAAAGUCAUAGUUCCAGCAUUACUUGCGUCUUCCAAAGAAAAGAACACAAUUGUGAAAUCCUCUGCUGAAUCCGCACUUCUGUAUGUCCUGCGGCUUCGAGAAGGCGAGUCAGCACUUCAGUCCUGCUGCCGUAUUUUCGACGCCACAACUGCAGAAGGUAUACAGGAUCUAUGCCGAAAAUCGUUACGUCGCUUAGCAACUCAAGAAGAAGACCCGGAUGAAUUAGAAACUUUUUUUUCGUCUGUCGAUCAAGGAUGACACCAACUAAGAAAGUGUCUGAACCAUCACCAGGUACUUUUCAUUGAUACGAAACGCAAGAGCCUAAGGGAACUGAUGCUUUGUGAAUUCCUUCAGAGUUGCAAAUGUAACUGCGCUAUUUGAGACGCAAAUAAAUUGUUUCUA